AUGGCGCCCUCGCAGCUUAAGCAGUUAAAGGCAUCUCUGCAUGAGAGCGGUGUCCUUGGUUCUCAAAAGUCAAAGAAACAGAGAAAAUCGAACUCCAAAGAUGCGCAAAAGCGAGCACAGCGCAAUGCCGCUCUCGAGGGCAUUCGAGAACGAUUCAAUCCCUUCGAGGUCAAGGCACCUGCCCGAAAGGCAAAGUAUGAAUUUGUCAAUGCAAAGAAUACCAAACCCACAGUCGGCCGGCCGGGCGUCACACGUGGCCUGGGUGAAGAGCGGCGGCGAGAGACAUUAUUGAAAGAGAUACAAAGUCGCAACAAGGUGGGCGGACUGCUCGAUCGACGGUUCGGAGAGAAUGACCCCACGAUGACCCCCGAGCAAAGAGCAGCCGAAAGGUUUGCACGUCAGAAUGAGCGGAAGAUGAAGAAAAAUUCCAUGUUCAAUCUUGAGGAUGACAGCGAGGAGGGAAUGACGCUUACACAUGGCGGAAGAUCACUUGACUUUGGGGAUGGUGCCGAAGAUGACUUUGAUGAUGAUAACGUGAAGGACUUGCAAAAUGCAGACGGAGAUUUUGAUCAGGAUGAUAGACCUCGGAAAAGGCUGCGCCUCGCCGAAACCGACGAUGUCGAUGACGAAGAGGAGGAUGGAGAAGGUCAUCCGCAGAGGAAGAAGACCAAGAAUGAGGUAAUGAAAGAAAUCAUCGCAAAGUCCAAAAUGUACAAAGCCGAGCGUCAAGCUGCCAAGGCUGAUGACGACGAUCUUCGAGCGGAGCUGGACAAAGGCAUGGCCGAUUUCUAUGAAGCGCUUCGAGGGCAAAAAGUCCCGGACAAGGAACGUCUGCCAGUAUCAAGUGCGGUUGUAGAGCCGCACAUGGAUCCUUCUCGUGCUGCAAUGUUGGCAGGAAAGAGCAGGGAAGAAGCCGAGAAGGAGUACGAAGCCAAUCUCAGACAGCUGAAAUUGGAGACUCGCUCAAAACCGAGUGUACGGACCAAAACUGACGAAGAGAAAGCCGCCCAGGAGGCAGCUAGACUCGAAGAGCUCGAGCGCAAGAGGAUACGCAGAAUGAAGGGCGAAGCAGAGAGCUCCGAGGAUGACGAAGAUGACGAGCCAGGGCCAGACGAAGAUGUUGAUGUCGACGACGCGGAAGCAUUUGGCCUGUCCGCUCCCGACCUCGAUACUACUUCUAAGAAGGAACUCGAUGUUGAAGAUGAAGACGAAUUCCUUCUUGAUGACGACUUAAUCGCUUCGGACUCGGAACCUGAGAUGGCCAGCGAACAAAAUUCUGAAGAAUCUGGAUCCGAAAGCGACGUUCAAGACGACGGCGAUGACGAUUUCAUCAACGGGCUGGUCUUGCCACAGGAGGUACAGAGCGCAACAAAGACAGCGACUAAGACUCCAACCAGCAGCAACCUCGCUUACACUUUCCCCUGUCCCCAGUCACACGAAGAAUUCUUGGAAGUGGUUAAGGACUCCGAGGUCGCAGACUUGCCAACGAUCGUGCAAAGAAUUCGUGCACUCUACCACAAAGGUCUCGCCGAGGGCAAUCAAGAAAAGCUUGACACUUUCGCUGGUGUACUAACCCAGCAUAUUGCGUUUCUGGGGAACACCGACAAUGUCACAUUUCCUGUUCUCGAAAGCCUCCUUCGACACUUACAUUCAAUGGCAAAAUCAUCGCCGGAAGCCGUCGGCGCGGCUUUCCGCACACAUCUCCAAAACAUUGCUGACGAGAGGCCGCUUCAGUUGUCUCCUGGAGAUCUUGUCAUCUUGACCGGUGUCUCGACUAUCUUCCCGACCUCAGAUCAUUUCCACUCUGUAGUCACGCCCGCAAUGCUCACCGUUGGACGGUAUCUUGGGCAGAGCUCGAUACAAUCUCUUCGCGACCUCAGUACUGGGUCUUAUUGCUGUUCGCUUGCACUUCGAUACCAGCGACUUGCAAAAAGAUAUGUUCCAGAAGUGAUCGCGUACGUUACCAAUGCUUUGGCUACCCUUUCACCGACACCACUACCGGAACAAGUCGAUGUCGGCCACCCGUUGGACGUUCCCAUCAGAUUGCCAGCCACACCCCUGCGGGUAAAAUUGACCUCUGCGAUUGUACCAGAGAAGCUAUCAUUCAAAGACUUCAUCAUGGGUCAAAAUGAUGACAACGAGCCUACACAAGGCCUUGCUCUUCUUAACAUUUUCAUCCGUCUAACGGUGCAAGCCGCCUCACUCUGGAGCCAAAAGUCCUCAUUUCCCGAAUUUAUCCAGCCUUUCGUCCACGCCCUCAGCUACUUCGAACAUCAAGGCAAAACGCUCCCUUUGCGAACUCUCAAACUAAGCAGCACCGCGCUCUCUACCCUUCGCACCCUCCAGUCCGCAUCGGUCAAAUUACGGGUUCCCCUUCUCUUACACAACCACCGCCCACUCGCGAUAAAAUCCUCCUUACCUUCCUUCAUCGAGAACUACAACCCCGACCGACACUAUGACCCAGACCGCCAUCGCGCUGAGCUCUCUAAAUUGAAAGCUGAGCAUAAGAAGGAGAGGAAGGGAGCAAUGAGAGAGUUGCGGAAAGAUGCCAAUUUCAUCGCGCGACAGCAGUUGCAAGAGAAGAAGAGGAGAGAUGAAGAGUAUGAAAAGAAAUAUAAGAGGUUGGUAGCGGAGAUCCAGGGGGAGGAAGGACAUGAAGCGAAAGCUUAUGAGAGGGAGAGAAGGAAGAGAAAGGGAAAAUUCUAG